CUAUCUGGGGCACUCCGAAUGUCCAGCGUAUAUAAUACCUCGGCGGUUCAUUCGAAUCAAAACAAAACGUAUUGUGCCUCGUUUGGAGUAACAACAAUUCUAAUUCUUAAGUGUGCUUUCCUGCAAUACUUUACUGAAAACCAUGCUUCACCAGGUUAUCAUUGCUGUUUUAGGCUUGACCUUAGUUUCAGCUGACCCAUAUGGUUAUGACCAUCAUACUCCAUCUUAUGGAUACAAACCAUCUUACUCUCUUCCAGAGCCUGUAUAUGAAGUCCACGAAAAACCCCAACCCUACAGUUUUGGCUAUGAAACCAAAGAUGCUUAUGGCAACAAACAAUUCCGUCAAGAAGACAGCGAUGCUAGCGGAGCUAAAAAGGGAUCAUACGGAUACACUGAUGCCCAUGGUAUAUACAGAACCGUAGAAUACGUUGCUGAUAAACACGGUUUCAGAGCAUGGAUCAAGACAAACGAACCAGGAACCGCCAACCAAAACCCAGCUGAUGUUGAUGUCAACGCAGUUGAAUCGCCAGUUGUUCACCAUGCUCCAGCUUACAGUGCUCCAGUUCACUACACAGCUCCCGCUCAUUACGAUAGCUACGGAUCUGCCCCAGUUGUUUACAAGACCCCCGUUGUUUACAAAGCUCCAGUUGCCUACAAAGCCCCAGUUGCCUACAAAGCUCCUGAACCAGUUUACAAAGCACCAGUUGUAUACAAGGCUCCAGUAGCAUACAAAGCUCCAGUUGCUUACAAAGUUUCUCACAAAACACCAGUCUAUGCUCCAAGCUCACCAAAAGUAUACAAGAUCCCAGCUUACGGAUACAAACCACAUUACCGCAAGUAUGAUGAUGUCUAUUAAAUGAAGUGAAGGACUAAGUUUUGUUUUCAAACCUCGAUUGUGAUGCAUGGUUUUGUACAAUAAUAUUGUCUACGGUGAUCUUAACUUUUUUUUAAGAUCACUUGUAGUUGCAAUUGUUAUCUAGUAUGUAUGAGAUAUUUUACGUUUUUUUUAUCACUAUGUGAUGGCUAUUUUGGAUUUUCAAAGCGUUUUCUAUUUAAUAAAAGACAUCGAAAAGUAAUUUUAUAAAAAGCUAAAACAUGACUUAAAUUUAAAAGGAAUGUUUUAUGCAUUUAAAUUUCGAAACCUAUAAUUUGUUUCCUCCAAAGGAUUAGGUAAAAAAAUAUUUUAACUGUAACAAAAACGUAACCGCAAUACAAAAGUAACUGUAUCUUUAAAUGUAACUGUUUCUAAGCUAUGCAUCUGUAACAUGUGCCAAGUUUUCUAUUUGGUUUUGGUGUAUAUAAUGUUUCUCGGCUUGGGCUUAGUUUUCCAAUAUUCUUUUAUUUGAUUUUUAGUGAUAUAAAACGCAUUGAAACUUUUUUUUUUAAAUUUUGGUUCUUAUUACUUAGAGUUAAGUCAUGAGAUACUUUAAUUAUCUGAUUCAACAUGCCAGUGGCGAAUGCUUUUCACUUAUUCAACUCUUCAUCCUUUAUUUAUUCUCUUUUCUCAUUUUGUAAUAAUUCUUACCCUCGUUUUUGUUGUUCUUUUUAUGUUUGUACAGUGUUUUAUGGUAAAACUGAUGUAUAAGUGAUUUUAUGCAAGCAAUUUUUAUUUUAUGGUGUACAAGUGUACUGUGAUUUUAGGGACUCUUCUUCUGUUUAUAUGUGUAAUAUAUAUUUUCAGAGAAAGCAAAAUAAAAUAUUAUUUUAAAAAAUC